AUGCUUCUUGUCCUUGCUUACUCACGCCAGACGGAUGGAAGAGUGGAUAGAAGGAGAGAUAGAGAGAGGAGGAGAGAGACUAGUACAGGCUGGUGGUAUUCGUAG